AUGUCUGAAUGGAAGGCAUCGAGGCUGUUCCGCAGCUCUCCGGUCUUCAUCAAAACCACAUGUGGGCUCGCCAUUUUUUCGGACAUCUUCUUCUAUGGCCUGUUGCCUCCGAUCUUACCGAGUAUCCUUCGAGAAAGAGUGCACAUCAGAUCAGACCAAGUACAGCUCUGGACCAGUUUGAUGUUUGCAAUCUACAGCAUUGCCAUUGUCGUUAGUUCACCGAUAGCGGGACAUUUCUCGGAUGCCGGAAAGCGUCGCAAGCCCUUGUUCAUCGGCGCACUUCUCUUUCAAGCUGCCGGCAUCGCUCUCCUGACGGUUGGAACUUCGCUUGCGUGGUGGAUCAGCGGUGUGAUACUCGCCGGUCUAUCAUCUGGGGUGACCUGGACAUCGAGUCUCGCGCUGGCCAUCGAUGUGACUGCGAAAGACAAGUUGGCGGAAGGUCUCGCUUUCAUCAGCAUCAGCCUGCAGUGUGGUUUGUUCGCGGGCACCGUUCUUGGCGGCGUGGUGUAUCAGAAAGGCGGAUACUACGCUGUAUGGGCCAUGUGCUAUGCAUUGAUCGUGGUGGACGUAGCGUUGCGCAUCGUAAUGGUGGAGGCGCCAAGGAUGCAGCCUGCACCCGCGACAGUUGAAUGCUCGACGAACGACGUCGGGAGAACACGGUUGAAGCCAGCAUCGACUGAGACCGCCCGAUUAGUAAAAAGCGGGCGAAGGCUGCCGCCGACGCUGUUGCUAUGGAGAAGUCCGAGAUUCACGGCCACCAUAGUUGGGACGCUACUCAACGCAACGAUCUUGACGUCCUUUGAUGGCGCUCUGACCAUUCAUUUGGAAGACGUCUUCGGCUAUACUCCUCUGGACGUUGGACUGACAUUCAUGGCGCUUCUCGUCCCAAUCUUCAUGGCGCCUUUGGUUGGUCGCAUCGCAGACCGGCACGGAGCUCGACCACUUCUCACGGCCAACUUGCUUCUCGGGACCAUUCCGUUAGUGUGCCUGCGAUAUGUGAGCCACAACUCGAUCGGUCAGAAAGUCCUGGUAUGCGCACUGUUGUUCCUGGUCGGCUUGACCUGCGCCGGUAGAUUGGGCAUAUAUACGUCUCAAGUCAAUCACGCCGUGCGGGACUUUGCGCAAAAUCGACCGGGUCUACUCGAUCCUGACAGAGCGAUCGGGCAGGCACAGGGCGUCUGGAAUGCCGCGUACUCCGCCGGAUGCGGACUGGGACCAGUCUACAGCGGAUUGAUCCAAGACAGGGCUGGGUGGUCGACAGAAACAUGGACUGUUGCAUUGUUGGGGGUCUGUGCUGCCAUUCUUGCAUUCCUCUUCACCGACGGCUGGAUCGGAAAGCGUACCAAGUAG